AGUCGACUCUUGAUGGUUCUGGGCCUCGCUGGGUUUGUCGCCGCCUUCCCGCGGAUACAGGCUCGCUCCGACAAAUGCCCACAAACCAUAUGCAUCGACGGCAUCAACACGCAAUGCAGUACGCGAUGGGGAGGAUGCUACGACCGGUGUAAGCCAGACACGCGACCGACGAUGCCGCCGUGCAAUCCGACGCCAGGGCCGCCCUCUAUAACGAAGCCGCCUUCCACCCCCACCGCAAAGCCCACACCGGGUGACUCCUGCAGCACCCGAACAAUCUGCAGGGACUUUAUCGACGAUUGCGGUCACAUGUAUGGCGGGUAA